AUGGCAGCUGAUGCCGAUCUGGGCGUUCCGAAUGAACUGGAGGUGGUCCUUCCGCAACCAGCUCCUGUUCCGACGGACGGCAGCGACUUUGAUAACCGGCCCAAUGUGGUGCAUGACCUGCUCACCGGGCGUGCACGUCUCGCAUUCGCUGCUGGCGGCCGUGGCGCUCAGGUCCUGGAUGACCGCCACCCAGCCAUCCUUAACGUCUGCUUCCCGGUCUCGUUUCCAUAUGGUUUGUCCGGACAGCGGCCACCGGGUAUGUCGUUCGCCUCAUAUUGCAGCCACCUUGUACGGCGGGUGCCACGGUCACAGUUCAGCAGCAACUUAAUGCUGCUUGCCCGAAUGUAUGAUAUCAGCGUGCGGCAACAAAGCAUGGCGCAGGUAGGAGUGGCCCUGCGCAUGCGACCACGACUGGGUGGACCAGCGGCACGGGUACCGAGGGAUGUGGUACGCACCAUGGCGGACAUCUUGGCGCUGCCAUACCGUCACGCCCAGCGACGGCAGCUGCUGUCGCAGCAGUCGCCCGUGGUGCGUGCCCUCCUGGAUGGCGCACGUGCCAGCCUCCUGCGAAUCGACCUUACAGAUACCUACUAUAAUGGUGCAAAGGCCAUGAUGCGUGCGGCUGCCCUUACCAUCGGCUGGCCACCAUUGUUCUUCAAUCUCAACCCGGCGGACAUGCAUGCUGGCUGCGCUGUUGUAGCCUCUGGUCAGCUUAUAGAGUUCGACGACGCCGGUCGUCCGACCCAGAUCAGCAGCACGGUGGACAAGUGGCGCCGCGUCAAAGAAGACCCGCACAGCUGCGCGGCACUGCUCAUCGCCACAAAAGAGGUGUUGGUGGAGCAGUUGUUUGGCUUUGCACCUGGAGCAAUGCGGCAGACUGACCCUAACUGCUUCUGUGGGGUCGUAUUUGAGGUAGUCGUCAAGGUUGAACAGAGCGGGCGAUUGGCGCUACACUUGCAUGGAGUCGCACACCUCGAGUGCUUCGCACUGGACAACCUUCAGGCGUUAUUCUGUGGACCCAACUGCCGAGCUCUGGCGCUUGCAUACGCGCUGUGCGAAAUGUGGUACCCCUCCCCAUACUAUGCUCCGACACCGGACAGUGGGACACAGCCUCUGGUCAUGGGUAUGUCUGAUGCGGAAGCGCAGCAGCACGGUCUACCCGUGCCAGCAGUGCAGGCGGACUGCCCACCUGCAGCAUACAACUUCGAACGACUGGCGGGGUGUGCAAACGGCGGACUGCCGCCUCCAUCGCGACAUACCGCCUGCCGUGCCCAUCACGCUGCCGUCAUACGCAGUACCCUCACCCACAGCCACAGUUCGACAUGCAAGCGGCAUGGCUGCCGCGGUACCGAUGACAGCUGCGGCAUGGCCUUUCCCCGACUCAUCCGCACAGCCUUUCAAUGGAUCGGUACCACCGGCCUAUUCUUGCUGCCCUGCCUGGCACCCAACCUCGUGCCACACAUGCCUGCCAUUGCCCUCGCCUUCGGCUGCAAUCAUUUGAUGUCCCUGGCCUGCGAAGUCGACCGGGAGUACACAGCUGACAUCGCUGCCCAACUAGCGCGUCCUCCCAACGAACACGGUGACUGCUCCCUCCUACAGCCCGCCAUCGACCGCGCCCGUGACGCCGCGUACUACAGCUCUAAGUACACUGCAAAGACGAUUGAACGCAGCCAGGCGCACCUCACAUGUGCCGCCGUGGGCCGUGUACAGGACUUCAUGAUGGCAGGUCACCGACCCAGCGCCACCGGUGAUGGACCCAGCACGUUCGGCAACCUGUGUACCGUGGUGCACCGCAUGACGGCCACUAUCACGGCUGGCAUGGCACUGGUCGCCUUCAAACUGUCAGGCCACGAUACGUUCCAAGCAACCUACAAACGCAACUACCUACCGAUAGGUGCCUUCACUGCACUGGCGUCCGAAUCCGCCGUAGAACCAGAAGACGCGGAAACCGGUGUGGAGCUUGUAGAGGCGGACGAGCAUGGCGACUACACCCUCACCAGCGUCGUACAGAACUACACGCAGCGUGGAGUGGAGCUGAGCGGCUUGGACUGCAGCGCCUACAGCAUCGCAUCCAACUUCGAGGUGAAACGUAUAACGCCCGCGCAGCACCCCCAUGCUGCCAUCCUCAGUGCCCAAGUCCUCCCUGUACCUGGCCGCUGCAAGCGCAAAGCCCCUGGCGCCGCUAUGACCCCUACUACUGACGCACCUCCCGCCCCAUCUGGCACCCAGCCCACCGCCGUUAUGGCGUCCCCUGUGCCAGCUGGCCCAUCUGCAGAACAGCUGCCCACGAGCCCGAUGUCGACCAUACCUCCCAAGAAUGUGGCCUUCCAACCAACGCACCCGCUGUAUCUGACACACGUUCUUCAUCGCCUGGCGCAGCCGAGGUACGUUCUGCUGGGCGGUGCACUGCCCCGCCGCCCGCAAGCAGGCAGCACCACCGCAGCCGCCGUCGCCUACUACGCAUUUGUCUUAGGCAUCUUCAAGGCUCACCGCGGCCAACUGGUGGCUGCCGGUCAGACGGUGAAAGAGGCGUACGAUGCAUGGUGGAUGGACCUGGGAUCCACCGAGGCAGGCCGAUCGUACAGAGCCUGUGUGAGUGUCCUGCUAGACAACAUCGAAGCAGAGCACCUCGCCAGCGCCCGGCGCCAGGCCGACUACAACUUGCGACGCCGCCAGCGCCGCGCUGCUGCUGCAACUGCCGGUCUGGCCCCGGACAACAGUUCCAGUGACCCGGAUGAUGAUGACCCGGAAGCUGCACGAGGCCGCCUCGAACCCGACCCCGCCACACAGCCGCCGCAAGAUGAUCAGGUCGAACGGUACGACUUUGUACCAGGCCAAGGCGACCCGACACUAGGAAUCAACCUGUCCGAUGUCGCCCUGACGGACCUGUAUGACCGCACCACAGUGGAGGGCCUGUAUGCAUACGGUGCAGCUCGCCGUUGCCGUGUACUUCCUCUUCCCAAUGCGCUCGGUGCCAACACCAACCCCUUCAUCCGCCGUGUACGCACCACUGACAUCCUGCUGCUGAGCGAGGCUUCCAAGCGCCUGAAGCGCUACCUAGUCAUCUCCGAAGGCACCGCCACCAUGCUGACCACGACGGACCGCACCCCCCAUCUUCGUUUGGAUCGCCGCCCCGGCUACCCACUUGUAGCGGUCGUCAUGACCGACACCCAGCAAACCAACCAUAUCACAGCGGGAAUGCCAACUUACCUACGUCUACCACAGCCACCGAGCAUCGAUGACACCAUCGAGCUCUUUACCCUGGCACCGGAUCAGGCUGUACCAUUCAUGCUCAUGGCACGUUAUUUCGACCGCCGCAACGAACCUGAUCCAGGCGUCCCGCCACAGAUGCUCAUCAUGGGUCCUCCGGGCACGGGCAAGACUCACCUAUCGACCCACUCGAUGUUCGGCAUCUCAGCCAGUCAAAGCGGCUCCCGUGGCGCCAAUCUUCCCAAGCGCGGCGCCCACACCGGCCUUCAGGUCAAGCGCAACAUCAGUGAUGGGGCUGUCCUCAUCGACGAAAUUGGCAUGCAAAGCCACGAGCACCUCGGUGCCAUCAGCCACUCCUGUACAGCCAACGUGCCGCCUCCACCACACCUUGGACCCGCCCAUCCCAGCAGCCGUGUCUUGUCCGGUCGUGUUGCUGGCGGAAUCGGCGACCUGCUGCAGCAUCCUCAGCCAGGCGGGUCGCCGCCAUACCGCUACGCCGCCAACGUCGAACGAAACCCCCAGUUCAGUCCCUCGGCACCGUCAGCACAGUGCCGGCCGGCCUCGGUUGACGAACGUGGAG